AUGGAAGGGUUGGCCAAGGCGACCGCUGGCGUCAAGAACAUAAUCAUUGGCGAAAGUGCCACUGUGCCCUCUACAGACGAGCUGACAGAGCUCCGCGAAAAAUACGAAAAAACUGGUCAGGGCCAUGUUUUUACCUUCUACGACGAGCUCGAUGCUACUGGCAAAACUAGCCUUUACGAGCAGCUAGCCAAUUUCGAUCCUGAAUAUAUCAAUGAUAUCACAGAGACAGCCUUACACCCUCCGAAGACCGAAGAUGUAGUCGCUCCCAAGCUCGAACCUCUACCAGAUGCCGCCACAUCUUCCAUCCUUGACUCCAAAGCAGAAGAUCUUGAGAACUGGUUCCAGUCAGGCUUGGACCUAGUAGCGGAAAAUAAGGUUGCAGUUGUCUUGAUGGCUGGAGGCCAGGGAACAAGGCUUGGUAGCUCUGCACCGAAAGGGUGCUUCGAUAUCGGCCUUAUCACCAAGAAAUCCCUGUUCCAGCUUCAGGCGGAAAGGAUUCUGAAGGUACAGCAAUUAGCCGCCCAGAAGCACUGCAAAAAUGAAGGUGAGGUGAUCGUUCCGUGGUACGUCAUGACGAGUGGGCCGACACGAAAACCAACUGAGGAAUACUUCAAAAAUGCUACCAAAACUGUCAAAGUAAAUGGAGCGUAUAAAACAGUUCCCAACCCUUACUUUGGUCUAAAGGAAGAGAACGUCGUCUUCUUUGAGCAAGGUGUACUGCCUUGCAUCUCGAAUGAGGGCAAGAUCAUCUUGGAAAGCAAAUCGAAGGUUGCAGUGGCUCCCGACGGCAAUGGAGGUCUCUAUCAAGCUCUCAUAACUUCUGGUGUCGUGGCAGACAUGAAGAAGCGUGCUGUCAAGCAUAUUCAUGCUUAUUGCGUUGACAAUUGUUUGGUCAAGGUCGCAGACCCAGUUUUCAUCGGCUUCGCUGCUUCGAAAAACGUCGACGUCGCCACCAAAGUCGUCCGUAAGCGCAACGCCAAAGAGUCAGUAGGUCUUAUUAUCCAGAAGGAUGGUAAGCCAGACGUAGUCGAAUACUCUGAGAUAGAUGCCGAAACAGCAGAGGCCAAGGACUCACACAACUCCCAACUACUUAAGUUUCGAGCGGCCAACAUUGUCAACCACUACUACUCGUAUGACUUCCUUGAGAGCAUUCCUGAGUGGGUUCGCAAGCUGCCACACCACAUCGCACGCAAGAAGAUUCCCUACACUGACUUGGAGAGCGGUAACUCUGUUAAGCCAGAGAAGCCUAACGGUAUAAAGCUGGAACAAUUUGUGUUUGAUUGCUUUCCCUUCCUAGCGAUGGAGAAAUUUGCUUGUAUGGAAGUCAAGCGUGAAGAUGAAUUUUCACCCCUAAAGAACGCUCGUGGGACAGGCGAAGACGACCCAGACACAAGCAAAAGGGACAUCGAGCAACAGGGCAAGAGAUGGAUUCAGGCCACUGGCAUCACGGUGACCUAUAAAGAUGACAAUGAACAUGCAGGCAUCGAGGUCUCACCACUGAUUAGCUAUGGCGGAGAGGGUCUUAAUUUCCUCAAACAACGUACAAUCCAGGCUCCUGCCGUGAUCGAAUGGGAAGUCGAGGAGAAGUAG